UAUGUCAGUGCAUUUAAUAUAUGAAAUUAAUAGAAAAAGCAGAUUUUGGUUCAAAAAUCCCCUUUGCUUUUACAAAUACUGCUGGAAAUUAUCUAAAGACAGAAACUUCACCCAACAUUUGGAGUUUGCAGUUUUGGUCAUUUGGCUUCUAUGCUUAAUGUUAGUAACAUGGUGGCUUUAGUGAACUUUUUUGAAAAAAGCUUUCCUCUUCCAUACACGCAGUCUUAUUUGAGUCCCUUAGUCAGUCAGUAAGCAUGUUUGGAACAGUCCCCAGUGCUUUGCAAGGGUUCAUGUUGCAGAACAGUCACGUAUGGGUAUUUGUAGUUAUAAAUACUUGACCAGUCUCCAGGGGUGGGGCUUCCAGCUCUUUAAACAACCCUGUCACCUGUUUAAGCUAACUUUUUGCUCCAAGUGCCAGCAUUGAUCGUGGUAGGCCACCUUUCACUGAGAAAUAAAUAAAAUGGAACAUAACGGGUCUGCUUCAAAUGCUGAUAAGAUCCACCAGAAUCGCCUGUCAAGUGUAACAGAUGAUGAAGACCAAGACGCUGCCCUUACCAUUGUGACUGUGCUGGACAAAGUUGCCGCCAUUGUGGACAGCGUGCAGGCGAGCCAGAAGAGAAUAGAGGAGAGACACAGGGGAAUGGAAAAUGCCAUCAAAUCUGUCCAGAUCGACCUGUUGAAGUUUUCACAGUCACACAGCAAUACAAGCUAUGUCAUUAACAAGUUGUUUGAAAAAACCCGAAAAGUCAGCGCUCACAUCAAAGACGUGAAGGCCCGGGUGGAGAAGCAGCAAGUUCACGUUCAAAAAGUUGAAACGAAGCAAGAGGAGAUAAUGAAGAAGAACAAAUUUCGUGUGGUGAUCUUCCAGGAGGAGAUUCGGUGUCCGACAUCCCUGUCUAUUGUUAAAGACAAAAACUUAACUGAGAAUCAAGAGGAGGAAGAGGAGGAGAUCUUUGAUCCCCCAAUAGAUCUGUCUUCGGAUGAAGAAUAUUACGUUGAAGAAAGCAAAUCUUCCAGGCUUAGAAAGUCAGGCAAGGAGCGCAUUGAUAAUAUCAAAAAGGCAUUUUCCAAAGAAAACAUGCAGAAGACUCGGCAGAAUUUUGACAAGAAAGUCAACAGAAUUAGAACUAGAAUAGUGACCCCGGAGAGGAGAGAGAGGCUAAGGCAGUCAGGAGAGAGGUUGAGGCAGUCAGGAGAGAGGUUGAGGCAGUCAGGAGAGAGGUUGAGGCAGACGGGGGGAGAGAGGCUCAAACAGUCUGGGGAGAGGCUCAAACAGUCAGGGGAGAGGCUCAAACAGUCAGGGGAGAGAUUUAAGAAAUCUAUCUCUAAUGCCGCUCCCUCGAGGGAAGCUUUUAAGAUGCCUGGCCUUCGGAAAGCUAAGGACGGAACUGUGGCUGAAGGUCCUGAAGAGGUCAGGGAGAUGGGUGUGGACAUCAUUUCCAGGAGUGAGUCUCUGGGCCCUGUCGGUGAGCUCUACACUGAGGAGCUCAGUGAGACAGACCCCAAGGAGGCCAGGGUAGCGUAUCCUCCCCAAGAAGGAGGGGAGAUCCCAACCCCUGAGCCUUUAAAAGUUACUUUUAAACCCCACGUGAAAGUAGAUGAUGACGAAUCUCUUUUGCUAGAUUUAAAGCAGUCAUCCUAAAGAGAAAUGAAGUAUGUUUUAAGUGUAAACUUCUUUAAUUACACGAUUCUAGUUUAAAUAGUAUAGUACAUUUACAUUUAUAUGCCAUAUAGGAAUAAUAAAUGGUAUGACCUUUUCAUUUCUUAGUUUAAAAUCUAAACAGUAAUACAAAUAUUACCUACAUCUCCUGGUAAUUUCCUUGGGAAUUCUUUUUUUUUCCCCCAGACUUAUAGGAAUCUACCAGCUUUCUCUCACGUCACUCUCAUGGCAACUGUGGGUUUUUAAGUUCCUUUCUCUCACCCACCAGAAAAAUAGUUGCCCAGUGAGGGCCAGUUAGGUGCUUAGUCGUCUAAAACAAGUGGAGGGCCAAUUUAUGGUCAUCGUUUGCAAGUGAUCUCUCAAUUUCGGUAGAGAUUAAUGUGGCCGACCUCCAGCGGUAAAAACUCAUGUGUGGAUUAUUCCAUUCAUAUGUUCAAAAUCAACAGGUUCGUUAAUCAUUGAGGACCCACACACCUUUUUGAUGCUUUUGCAUAAAAAAUAUGGAAGUUCUGGACUUGAGCAUUUGGUUCUGGUAUCAACAGCUUUACUUAGAACCAGCCAACUUGGCAAGUGGUCGGCUAAGAAGCUCAUCAGCAGCAUGGAGAGGGUUUGCCUGUGCCGCCCAUCUCGGGACUCUUGUGAGGGUUGAAGGAAGCGCUGUACGUUCUGGGGGAACAUAAAACGCAUCCAGAGAAAACACGCCCCACUCGUUCUUUAACACUAAAAUCAAAAUAAUUACACGGCCCCGAGCACCAAGUGGUGAGGGCCUCGGUUGGAUGGAAGCGAAAGUUGGUCUUUAGAAGCCUUUUCACAGAAUCAGGAAUAAAAAAUACAUGUUUGGGAGACAUCUUUUUUUUUGUCAAAGACUAAAACCACACCUUAGAUUUUAAGUUGGGUUUAAUAUUAAAGGCUUCCUGGAAAAUCCUUUUUUAAUUUUCUUUGGAUUGAGACCUAUCUAAAUUCAAAAUGUACUGCUGUGAAGCAUAAAACUGUAAUUAUAUCUUCAAGAGGCCUUUCGAAAGUCAGCCCUAGUGGAGUGGGUUUGGGGAUAACCUCAGAUAUUUCUGUUUUACAGAAUGAACUCCUCAGGGUGCAUCUAUCCGAAAUAGUGUUCAUAGGAGUUCAUCGUAGCUUCUUUGGGAGGAAGCCAGAUUCCACUCUUAGCUUUAGAUCUAGCUAAUCCGAAGUAGAUAUUACUGAAGAAAGAAACAGUCAUACUGGUUCAGCACUUCUGGUAAUGUUUAAAUCAGAAGGUUUGGUAAUAGAGAAGAAAUGAUAAAAUUGUGAAAUUUGAAGGGUUCGGGCAACAAUAAGAGCUCAGAUCAGUUUUAGAUGCUCACAUAGUAGUUAAUUAUAAUAAAGGUAUGCACACACAGACACAGUGACAGACACACAACAAAUCAACUUUAAAAUAUUUGAUUCAAUUACCCAGAUAUUGGGGUUGGGAGUUUGAUUUGCCAUUUCUUUUUCACUCUUUGAGAAUACAUAAAAUCACAAAUUGUUCUCAUGUUUUUAUAUUGAAAAUGAAAGUGUAUACAACAUUGAACAGUACUUUGAAAUGGAUAAUUUAAAAAAUGUCAUCAUUUAAAAAGAGCUUGGAUGCCUAAUUCCAUAGUUCCU